AGGGCUGCUGUUGGAUCCCGACGACCGGAAAGUGAGCCAGCAGCCAGCCCUGCGCUCGGGGAACAGCAUGGGCAGUCUCCACGGGGCCAGCGGCCGCAGCCUCCUCGCUCUCCUCUUGGUCCUCCUCCGGGCGGCGCUCCGGGGUGCUCGAGCCCACGAAGUCGUCCUGCUAGACUUUGCCAAAGCACAAGGAGAUCUAGGCUGGCUUAAUCAUCCCUAUGGCAAAGGGUGGGAUCUUCUCCAAAAUGUUAUGGAUGAGUCUCUCAUCUACAUCUAUUCAGUCUGCAAUGUUAUGAAUGGUGAUCAGGACAACUGGCUGCGCACCAACUGGAUCUACCGCAGUGAAGCCCAGCGCAUCUUCAUUGAGCUCAAGUUCACGGUCCGAGAUUGCAACAGCUUCCCUAACGGGAAGGGGACAUGCAAGGAGACUUUCAACCUCUAUUACGCCGAGUCAGAUGUGGAUUAUGGCAUCAAUUUCCAGAAGCGUCAGUUCCGCAAGAUUGACACCAUUGCCCCAGACGAGAUCACUGUACUUGAAGACUUUGAAACCCGCAACGUUAAGAUCAACGUGGAGGUUCGCUCGGUGGGGCCUCUCACCCGCAAGGGCUUCUAUCUGGCCUUUCAGGACAUUGGGGCUUGUGUGGCCCUCCUGUCAGUCCGGAUUUACUACAAGAAGUGCCCUGAAGUCUUCCGCAACAUGGCAAGUUUCCCUGAGACCAUUGCUGGUGCUGAUUCGCAGGAUUUAGCUAAGGUGCAUGGGACUUGCGUGCCAGAUGCGGUGGCCAGUGAGGAGCCAUUCAUGCACUGCAAUUCAGAUGGGGAAUGGCUGGUGUCUAUCGGUGAAUGCCUUUGUCGUGCAGGGUAUGAGAAGAAUGGGAACAGCUGCAGAGCUUGUUCAGCAGGGUUCUUCAAAGAGGAUAUCUCCAAUAAUGCCUGUUUAAAAUGUCCUUUGCACACACUGCCCUCUUCUGAAGGUUCUACUUCAUGUCCUUGUGAGAGAGACUAUUUUCGGGCCCCGAGUGAUCCUGUUUCCAUGCCAUGCACACAGCCCCCUUCUGCUCCCCACAGUGUCACAGCCAUCGGUUUGGGUGCCAAAGUGCAAUUGCGUUGGUCCCCACCCCAGAACACAGGAGGGCGUGAGGACAUAACGUACAGCGUGUCGUGUGAGCAGUGCUGGCCAGAAUCGGGGGAAUGCCGCCCCUGCGAUGCCACUCUCCGAUAUUCAGAUAACCCCCACAACCUGGCUGGGACCUCCUUGACCAUCCAUGACCUGGAGCCCCAUGUUAACUACACCUUCACUGUAGAGGCUCAGAAUGGAGUGUCCUCCUUCAGUACACAGCGUUCCUAUGGCAUCGCCAGCAUCAGUGUCAACCAAACAGAACCACCCCGAGUUACAUCAGUGACAAUGGACAGCCGUACAGCCACCAGUCUGACUCUCUCCUGGACAGUUCCUCCCCGACAACAGAGCCAUGUCUGGAAAUACCAGGUCACUUACAAAAAGAAGAAGGAUGAAAACAGCUACUCAGUGCUGCGCUGCGAAGGGAACUCCGUGACCCUGCCAAAGCUCACCCCUAGUACCAAGUACUUGGUGAGCGUGCAAGCAUUGACCCAGGAGGGCCAUGGAGCCCACAGUGUGGAGCAUGAGUUUGAGACACUUGCUGAACACUCUGAUGGCAUGAAUACUGCUGCACUCCUCGGAGGUUCCAUUGCUGGCUGCAUCUUCAUGGCUGUCUUGGUUGUGGCACUUGUCCUGUUUAUUCAACGGAGGAAGAAGAAACUGAGAACCCGGCAAACAUCAGAGGAUGUUUACUUCUCAAAGUCUGACCAGCUCAAGCCCCUGAAGACUUAUGUUGACCCCCACACUUACGAGGACCCAAACCAGGCUGUGUUGAAAUUCACAACUGAGAUUCAUCCCUCAUGCAUCUCCCAGCAGAAGGUGAUUGGAGCAGGAGAAUUUGGAGAAGUCUACAAGGGCACCUUGAGAAAUGGCAAAAAAGAGAUUCCAGUAGCCAUAAAGACAUUAAAAUCAGGCUACACAGAGAAGCAGCGCAUUGACUUCCUGACUGAGGCAAGCAUCAUGGGCCAGUUUUGCCAUCACAACAUCAUCCACUUGGAGGGAGUCAUCUCCAAAUAUAAACCUUUCAUGAUCAUCACAGAGUACAUGGAGAAUGGUGCUUUGGAUAAAUUCUUACGGGAAAAGGAUGGGGAGUUUUGUGUCAUUCAGCUGGUAGGCAUGUUGAGAGGUAUUGCAUCCGGUAUGAAGUACUUGGCCAGCAUGAAUUACGUCCACCGAGAUUUGGCUGCCCGCAAUAUCCUUGUUGACAGCCAGCUGGUCUGCAAGGUAUCUGACUUUGGUCUUUCUCGUGUCCUGGAAGAUGACCCUGAUGCAACCUACACCACUAGUGGGGGGAAAAUCCCCAUACGAUGGACAGCUCCUGAGGCUAUUUCUCAUCGCAAGUUCACCUCAGCCAGUGAUGUCUGGAGCUAUGGAAUCGUUAUGUGGGAAGUAAUGUCUUAUGGUGAACGACCUUACUGGGAGCUGUCCAACCAUGAAGUGAUGAAAGCAAUUAAUGAAGGCUUCCGGCUUCCUGCACCUUUGGACUGUCCUUCUGCCAUCUAUCAACUGAUGCUGCGGUGCUGGCAACAGGAACGAAGCCACCGGCCCAAGUUCACUGAUAUUGUUAGCAUCUUGGACAAACUUAUCCGUUCUCCCGAAUCUCUCAAGACUUUGGCUGAAUUUGACCCUCGGAUCUCCAUUCGCCUACCUAGCACCAGUGGCUCAGAAGGGAUCCCUUUCCGAACUGUGGCUGAGUGGCUGGAGUCCAUCAAAAUGCAUCAAUAUACAGAGCACUUCAUGGCCGCUGGGUAUAAUGUCAUUGAGAAGGUGGCGCAGAUGACCAAUGAUGAUAUCAAGAGAAUUGGAGUGCGUCUGCCAGGACACCAGAAACGCAUUGCUUACAGCCUCCUAGGAUUGAAGGAACAAGUCAGCACCAUUGGCAUUCCGAUCUGAGACAGACAAAUUUUACCACAGUCAAGUAGCUCUAUCACCCAAUUGAGCUUCAUGUUAGCCAAGCAAAGAACCGUUUGGCAAACAUACCUCCUGGUAUAUACUUGAAGUGGAGAAUCCAAAUGACCUCUCUUGCCAAGGGUGCCAGUCACAAAGAAGAGUUGAAGGCCUGCUUUUCCUCUCCUGCGUUUCCUGAGCAUUGCUCCAUAUUUAUUAACUGCCCUUUGUUCUCUCAUCUCCUAUAAAUGACAACUACUACCUUGUGGUGUUGGGAGUCAGCAACAUGAGGGGACAGAUGGUGCUGCACACCCUGGCUAAGCAAAACUGCCAAAAGCCACAUUUCAUUUCUCCUGCCGAACUCCCAGCAAAAUCAUAGUGCCAUCCCCUUCCUGCCAUGUUACUUUAUACAUUUGCAGCUUGGACAAUGUUGACCAAAGCAGUAUACAGCUAUUUGUUACAUUGCCAGUGCAUUCAAACUGUUUCUUAGAAAACUGCUAAUCCACUGGUCUGUUUAUUUUCACAUUCAGAAGCCUGGGGGGGGGGGGGGGGGGAGAGAAAUCACAAUGCUGUUGCUACAGGUGUGUAUUGGCUCUUUAAAUGAGCGUGAAGAUGGGAAACUCUAUAAAUACCGCUUGGCUUUAAAGCCAAAACUGACUUGGAUAGGACUUUGGAUAUUUUGAAGAUUAAGCAAGCAUUGCUGGAACUAUGGAAUACCAGGCUCUUGGUCUGCAUUUCUCAGUUUAGGCACUGAAGGCCUUUUCCUUUAUCUUUUUACUUUAAAAAAAAAAACUCAACUUGGCUGUAUCAAAAAUAAGAUCAUAGAUGGACUCUGCUCUGGCAUUUGUAAGUUUCAGCUUCAAAGAGGUUUUACCAAGGAAGACUGAAAAUUACUUUCCACAGAAUGAUCACAUUGUUUCCUGGCCCCUAUUUAUUUAUCUUUUCCAAUUCCUGCCCCUCCUCCCCAUUCCUGAAAUGCACUCUUGACUUAAUGACAACUGUUUUUCCGUCAUGUAAUUACUUUCCUUUUUUAAUUUGUAUUUAUUUUUAUAUUUAUUGUUUUAAAAAUUGAGACUUGUUGCUGUUAAGGAUAAUCGUGCACAAUUUAAACAAAACUGUAGGUUUUUGUGUGCAUGAAUAUUCUCUAGCUUUAAUAAAAUGUUUUUAUUCUUUGC